AUGUAUGAAGCUGGAGAUGAUGUUCGUGAGGCGCUCAAGAUGGAGAAGUUGGACGCUGUUGUCACCUACAGAGGUCUGAAUGCUGGUAUGGAUCAUCGCGGCCCGACAACAGCUUUUGUUACAGAGCCGAAGAUAUUUGGGAGGGAUGCCGUGAAGGAGCGCAUUGUGGAGACGCUGUCGAAGGCAAGGCGGGGUGUUGGGAAAACUACUCUAGCACAGCUCGUUUACAACGACGCGAGAGUGCAAGGUUGCUUCUGCAAGCGGAUAUGGGUCUCGGUGUCUGCUGACUUUGAUGAAGUAAGGCUCACUCGUGAGAUACGGGACUGCGUGUCAACUGGUGUCAGCAAGCAUGAAGGAAUCAAAAACCUGAAUAAACUGCAAGAGAUUCUUGAUGAGGAUUUGAAGUCGAAGCGCCUGCUGCUUGUUUUGGACGAUAUGUGGGAAGACAAUGAUAAAAGCCGAUGGAACAAGCUAUUAGCACCUCUAAGAAGUUCAAUGAAUGGCAAUGUGAUCUUGGUCACAACUAGAAAUCACUCUAUGGUAAAAAUGAUUUCUACUGUGGACCCUAUUCAUUUAGAUGGCUUGAAAGAUGAUGGCUUUUGGCUUAUGUUCAAGUCAUGUGCAUUUGGUGAUGAGAAAUAUGAAGGACAUCCAAGUUUACAGGUUAUUGGGCAGUGGAUAGCCAACAAGUUGAAGGGCUACCCCUUAGCUGCAAAAAGUGUUGGUGCACUGUUGAAAAGAGACCUUGAUGGUGGGCUCUGGAUGUCAGUUUUGCAAAGUGAUGAAUGGAAGCUGCAGCAAGGGCCGGAUGAUAUCAUUCCAGCAUUGAAGCUCAGUUACAUACACAUGCCUUUCCAUCUCCAAAGGUGUUUAUCUUAUUGUUCGCUCUUUCCUAAGGGCAACGGGUUUGAUAGAUUGGACUUGGUUCUUGAUGUGGAGUAUUGGGUGGACCUUUCUACUUUACCACAUGGUAUGAACAAUCUUUUGAACUUGAGGCAUUUUGUUGCUCGAGCUGAAUUGCAUGCAAAGAUUGCUGGAGUUGGGAGGCUAAAAUUCCUCCAAGAGUUGAAGGAAUUUCGAGUGGGAAAGACUAAAGACUUUCAGAUUAAACAGUUAAAGGGGUUAAGAGAAUUGGGAGGAUCACUUGCAAUUUAUAAUCUGGAGAAUGUGGGAAGCAGAGAGGAAUCGUGGAAUGCUGGAUUAAGGGACAAAAUAUACAUGCAUGAUUUGUUACUUUCAUGGUGUAAGAACCGGUUUGAUGUGAGUUCUGUUACUGAGGCACAUGUGCUUGAGGGUCUUCAUCCACACUCUGCUCUCAAGCGUCUUCAUAUAACUAGUUAUGGAGAAACAUUUAUUGUUGAGAAGUGUGCUAGGUUAUCUGGUCUGGACGGCGUGGGGUCUCUAUGCAGUAUCAAGCACAUGAGGAUUUUUGAAUGUCCCAGUUUGGCUAUACCUUGUGGCCCUUCAUCUCCAGAUGAGCAGAACAAGGAUUUGCGAAGAAUGUGA